CGCCCUCCCUCCGCCUCUACACUCAGAUAAUGUUGUUGGCACUUUAGUAGUGGCGCGGCAUCCUGUUUUCGUGUGCCACACAGGCCACACAUAAGAACAGACACAAAGUCCUUCAUCACGUUUUGGCAUUAAUGCAAUGGCAUACAGCUGAAAACCUGCCGCCUGACAACGCACAGUCUACAGGUAACAUGAUGGAAGUGGCAGGUCCCUGGACAGAGGUGUUUGAGGGCUCGGAGAUGAAGGACAUGUCCGAUGGAGCAGAAACGUUACUGGGGAGCUCCACCCUGACCCUGGCUCCUCUGGUACCUGAGUCUCCUUCCAUACGGCGCUCCCAACCCAUCCUGAUCACCGUAAUCAGGCCCAAAGGCGUAGAGCACUUCUCUUCCUCGAUACCCAACCCCUUUCCAGAGCUGUGCAGCCCCUCCAAGUCUCCAGUGCUCAAUAAUUCCCUUCCACAACUGUCCAGUAACAAACAUUUGGUGAAGGUGUACGGGGAGGACAGCCACAGCAGGUCGGUGUGGGUUUCUCGAGCAGCGACAGCCAGAGAGGUGUGUCACAUGUUGGUGCAGACAGCUCACUGCAGCGACCAGGAGAACUGGGCUCUGCUGGAGCUCUAUCCCACCCUGGGCCUGGAGAGAUGCCUGGAGGACCACGAGGUGGUGGUGGAGGUUCAGGCCACCUGGUCUCUCAAAGGCGACACAAGGCUUGUUUUCUGCAAGAACUACGCCAAGUACGAGUUCUUCAGGAAGCCAGUGCUCUUCUUCCCAGAGACUAUGAUCUCAGACAGCGCUGAUGUCACCAAGGACAUGACGUCCUCAGAGCUCAUUCAGAACCUGCUGAAGUCCGGGACGUGUCCGGAGAUUCAGGGCUUCCUGCAGGUCAAAGAGCCCAGUCGUAAGGCCUGGAAGAAGGUCUACUUUUUCCUCCGCCGCUCCGGGCUCUACUGCUCCACCAAAGGCUCCUCCAAGGAGCCUCGCCACCUUCAGUAUGUUGCUGAUCUGGACGAUCUGAACGUGUACACAGUGGUGAACAGCCGUAAACUGUACGGAGCGCCUACAGACUUCACCUUCUGCAUCAAGCCCUCCAAGAACCCUGUGCGCACUCAGGACCUGAAGAUCCUGUGUGCUGAGAACGAACAGACUCGAACGUGCUGGACAUCUGCUUUCAGACUCUUCAAGUAUGGGAAGCAGCUUCAGUGCAACUACCAGUUAUCCAAGUCGGCCCCGAAAAUCCUGGAAGGAAGCAAACUCACAGAAGCCAAAUCAAAGUCCGAGGCGAGCCUGGUGGCCAUGGACUUCUCGGGCAAGGCCGGCGGGCGGGUCAUCGAGAACCCAACGGAGGCCCAGAGCGCAGAGAGGGAGGAGGGGCAAGCCUGGAGGAGGAGAGAAGCCCUGAGGUGCAGUCUGCCCAACUCCAACGCCGCCGCCAGACCGUCCUCCAUCCAUAAGUCCCAGCCGUGGUUUCAUGGUGGCAUCUCCAGAAAGGAAACGCAGCGGCUGAUAGAGAAGCAAGGCCUGGUGGACGGGAUGUUCCUGAUCCGUGAGAGCCAGCAGCACGCCCAGUGCUUCGUCCUCUCGCUGUGCUACAAGCUAAAGACCAAACAUUACCUAGUGAUCCCUUGCGAGGAGGGAGGCAGGAAGUACUUCACCAUGGACGACGGGCUGACUCUCUUCAUAGACCUCCUGCAGCUGGUGGAGUUCCACCAAAUCAACAAGGGCAUCCUCCCAGUGUGCCUCAAACACCCCUGCGUCUGUGUAGCGCUGUGACACCCUUUACAGCUCCUGACCUCUGCCCUGUUGAUCUUUUUAUAUUACCUCGACCUCAAAAGCAUGUUUGUCAGUCUUUGGAUUUUAUUGACCCUAUAAGCACAGCUGAUAAAGAGCAGACUGUUGGUACAGCAGUGCCUGUGUGAUAACGCUAUCAGGUUUCUAAGACUCCUGGGGAGCCCCCCCUUCUCUCUUUAGUUUUUAAAUCAUUCCAGCUACACAUCCAGACAGUGGUUCGUUUUUUAUUUUAGUGCACUUUGAUUCAGAUCCACGUGAUGAGAGGUGUGAGGGCAUGCAGGAGGACGUUUUAUUGGAGGACUGAGAGAAUGUGGCCACCAGAGGGCACUCCGAGUCAACACUCAGAAGAGGAACUCGUAUUUUUCAGCCAUGCAGUGUAAGACAUGUAUUUUUUGUAGUGUUGUAAUCAUGAACAUGCCCCAGGUUGCAAUGAUGUAGCAUGUCAAUUUUCACUCCUCUGACUCUGUGAAGUUUUGGACAGUAAUUUUCUUGUUGGUGCCUUAAAAACAAUCUGAUGUUUUAAUUAGAACAAACUUUAAGUACUUUCAAUGCUACGUUUGCACAAUGGUGGUGAAGGGGACUGCAGUUUCUUGUGUUUAAACAACCAAAUAUAUAACAUGGAAGGGUUUUAUCAGGGUGUUUUUUACCCCCGGAGAAAGCUUUAAUUAAGACUUUAUGACGGCGCUUUAUUUUAGAUAGAUAUAUCUUAAUAUUUUUUAGGACGUUUCUUUUUUGGUGUUUGAUAUUGGCUAAAAAGGUGAGCAAGUUUAACCUUUUAAAGUCUUAUUAGCAUAAAAUAGUCGGCAAAGCGGAAGUCUAGACAAACAUAGAAUAAAGUUAGCAGUUAGCAGUGAUUUUCAUAUAUUUAAUAUCGAAUUACUGAUUUAUUGCCAGUUAACUCCUUCCAG